UGUGCCAAUUCACAGGCAGCGUCUAACGUCGAGUUGAAGAAUUUUCUGUAUUCUCUCAAUUUCUUUCGACAGGCGCGUGGAUCCGUCUGCCGAUUCGACACCUGACUCUCAAGUUCGCAGCGUUUGCAGCGUCUGACGUCGAGUUGAAGAAUUCUCUGAAUUCUCUAAAUUUCUUUCGACACGCGCGUGGAUCCGUCUGCCAAUUGUAUUCGACACCUGAUUCUGCAAACUUGAGAAAGUUCUCAAGUUCACAGUAAGUUUGCAGAUCGUGGUGUCAUCGGUGCACGAGAAUGGCUCGCGAAGAAGAGACUGGUAGAACUGCACCAACAGAUCAUGGUGCAGGUGAGAAGUCACAGCGCGACAAGGAAGUUUCAUGUUACAGCUCCGUAGCACCUUCGAAGUAUCGAAGAACAUCCUCCACGCGAAUAAUUCAGAAGGGGAAGCGAAUGAAACCCAGGGACACAGGAAUCUUCAAAAAGGGAUGCUCAAAUCCCCAAAUCCAGGAUCUGUACGAUGAUGUUCUUGCACACGUUUUGAUGUUCUUACCGAGAAGCCAAAUGGAUGCACCGAAGCACGUGUGUAAACAAUGGUGGACGAUAAUGAUAUCAUCAGAAUGGCGCAGACAAAGACGUACAGUUCUGGAGAUUCCGGAUUGGUCCAACGUGGAGACGCUUUCAAAGUGAGCUUUAAGGCGCUUGUGCAACAAAUGUUUGUAAAACCGGAAGAAGCAAUUACCGAAAUACAGCAUCGAGCCAGUGUUCUCGUUAGGAGAUGAGGAGUAGAAAGUAGAAUGCAUUUGGAGAAGGAAGCAAAAUGCUCUCGUGUCUCUCGUGGUCUCGUCACGUUAUGACCAGACAAAACUUGUACAGAUUGUUGUCUCCAAAGCACAACUGGCAACGAUUAUGGAGAAACUUGUACAGAUUUUACCUCAACUGUUCAACGGAGUUCUCUUGAGUGAA